UACUUAAAACUUCCCCCCCACUAUUUGAUAGUGCGAAGAAGCUAAAAGCUAUAAGCAGAAAAUAAAAAAAGCAAGAGUGCUUCUUCAACCAGCAAUGUCAAGCAGAAGAUCAUCAUCAUCAUCAUCAAGAGCUUCUAAACCCUUAGAUGAUGAGAUUAAGGAGCUCGUCUUAAAGCUACAACCGCUUCUUCCUCAGCUUCAUCAUUCACGCAACGCACCGGUAUCGGCAUCGAGCAUUUUGGAAGAAACUUGCAGUUACAUAAAGAGGCUGCAUAGGGAGGUGGAAGAUUUGAGCAAAAGACUAUCUCAACUCCUGGAUUCAGCAGGCAUCACUGAUGUUGAUGAAGAACUUAUUAGAACGCUUUUACGACAUUAAUUUGGUUGGUUAUCCAAUCAGUGAGAGAUAUAGAUAAAUAUAUUUGAGGAUUAUAUAUAUAUCUCUUUAUCUAUCCAUAUAAAUAUGUUUUUUAAUCUUCAGUGUACCCUACUCUGAUCUCUUCUGUGUUGUUAAAAUGGUAGCUAGUCAUUGAUCUAGCUCCAAACUACAUAUUAAAAUAAUUUUUGGUCCUACAUUAA